CCCAUCCCCUCCCCAGCCACCUCAGCGCUUUCCGGCGCUGCCAUGGCGCUGCCCGGGGGGAGCGGGAUGGAGCGGUACCUCAUCCUGGGCCGCGUCGGGGAGGGAGCGCACGGAGUCGUCUUCAAAGCGAAGGAUCGGGAGACUGGGGAGACGGUGGCCCUGAAGAAAGUUCCGCUGCGUCGCCCCGAGGACGGCGUUCCCCCCCAGACACUGCGGGAGAUCAAAGCUCUGCGAGAGAUCGAGGACAACCCCCACGUUGUCCGCCUGCGUGCCGCCUUCGCUCACGGCCCCGCUGUCGUCCUGGCCUUUGAGUUUGUGGUUGGGGAUUUGGGGGGGGUCCUACGGGCUGCCCCCGCCCCGCUGCCCCCAGCCCGCAUCCGGGCGCUGCUGGCCAUGACGCUGAGGGGCUUGGGGCACUGCCACCGCCUGCGCAUCCUGCAUCGUGACCUGAAGCCGGCCAACCUGCUGAUCGAUGGCGCGGGGCGGCUCAAGCUGGCCGACUUUGGGCUGGCCCGCGUCCUCGCAGCCCCCCGGGGGCGGCCCUACAGCCACCAGGUGGCCACCAGGUGGUACCGUGCCCCAGAGCUGCUCUACGGCGCGCGGCACUACGACGAGGGCGUCGAUUUGUGGGCGGUGGGCUGCAUUUUUGGGGAGCUGCUCAACCUGUCCCCGCUCUUCCCCGGGGAGAACGACAUCGAGCAGCUGUGCUGCGUGCUGCGCGCCCUCGGCACCCCCAGCCCCCGUGUGUGGCCUGAGCUGGCGCAGCUCCCCGAUUACCCCAAGAUCUCGUUCCGGGCUCGGGAGCCGCCCCCCCUGGAGGAGUUGGUCCCCGAUGCCCCCCCCGCUGCUGUUGACCUCCUGGGCCGCUUCCUCGUCUACCCCUCACGUCAGCGCAUCCGUGCCCACGAGGCUCUGCUGCACCCCUACUUCUUCGGCCCCAUGGAGUUGGCCCCCCCACCCCGGGGGGGGUCCCGUUCACCCCCUACCUUCUGCCUGGACGCCCCACUGCUGCCCCAGUUGCCCCCC